AACGGACCCAGCAAAAUGAUUGCUUCCUAAGUUCACAAGAGCGUGAAUCGUAAAACUUAGCUCCGAUCAAAAGCAAUCAUGUCGGAUCACGCGGAGAGCGAUAUGGACGCCACGGAGGAGAUAAACGUGGAUGAUUCCGAUUCCCGAAGUUGCAGUCCCCGGAAUUACAUGCAUCAUGAUUCUAACAGGAAUCAUGAUGACCCGUCCGAAUGUUCGAAUUCCCCACCUCCGAAUCAGACGAUUACAAAGAAUCUGCAAACUGAAGCACCGAGAAGCCAUCCCUUUAGCAUAAGUCGACUUCUGGGUGAGAACAGGAGUCAAAAUGCAAAGAGUCCGUCGUCAGAGGAGCUAGACAGUGAUAAGGAAAGAAGGUCAUCGUGGGCUUGGGAGGAGAGCAACAACCGAACGUUGACCUUGGAGGAUGGAAGACGGUCCUGGGAGCCGGAAGCUGAAGAGAAGACUUCUGAGAAGGACGAUGAUGAUGACACUGGAAGCACGCCCGAGAUACCUACGAGUCACUCCCUUCACUCGAACGACUUGUUAGCCCCUUUUAGACUCUUCCCUGGUGGCUCAGGACUUAUUUACACCGGUGGAGGGGUCAUUAGGGUACCAGCUCAUAGACCACCAGGUUCGAAUGGUGCACCGGCCGCGGGCAUGCCUAAUCAGGCAUUAAUGCCUCAUUGGAACCUCCAGGCUCUUCAACAUAGUCAACAGCAGGCUGCAGCCGCUGGUCUCAGAGCUAGUUUCUUUGCUAAUCUGGCCCCUCAUCCUCUACAAGGUCAUCCACACCUGAAGGAUCGAUUAGCAGUGGCUGGAGCAUUUCCAAGGCGAAUCGGUCACCCCUAUCAGAACAGGACACCUCCAAAACGAAAGAAGCCAAGAACAAGUUUCACCAGGUUACAGAUCGCUGAGCUAGAGAAGCGCUUCCACAAGCAAAAAUAUUUAGCCUCGGCAGAAAGGGCAGCCCUCGCCAAAUCUCUCAAAAUGACGGAUGCCCAAGUCAAAACGUGGUUUCAAAACAGGCGAACGAAAUGGAGGAGACAAACAGCAGAGGAAAGAGAAGCAGAAAGACAGGCAGCGAAUCGUUUAAUGCUUUCAUUGCAGGCAGAAGCUCUUGGAAAAGUUGGAUAUCCAACAUCAGUACCACCUCAUCCUGCGAAUAAUAGUGUCCCUAAUCUAGAUAGCCAACAGGCCCCGCCAACAUUGUCUCAUUCUGUAGGCCAAUGGGCUUCCCCAUAUGGCCCUCCCCAACCAUUAACUGAUCCCAUUUGCUGA